CGCGGAGCCCCCACACUCGAAGGCACCCACCCACGGCCCUUCCUGGUAUCUGGACCAGACCAGGUCCUAGAGCAGCUCCAGCAGGAUGGCGGCUCCAGCGUCUCUAAGGCCUGCAGGGGGUCCAGCCCCAUGGGGGGUGCCCUAGGCCUCCGACAGCUCCCCAUCUGUGCUCCUGCCUGCCGGCCAUCCUCAGGCCACUCGCCAUGGGCGGCUGCUUCUCCAAACCCAAACCAGUGGAGCUCAAGAUCGAGGUGGUGCUGCCUGAGAAGGAGCGAGGCAAGGAGGAGCUGUCGGCCAGUGGGAAGGGCAGCCCCCGGGCCUACCAGGGCAACGGCACGGCCCGCCACUUCCACACGGAGGAGCGCCUGUCCACCCCUCACCCCUACCCCAGCCCUCAGGAUUGCGUGGAGGCUGCUGUCUGCCACGUCAAGGACCUCGAGAAUGGCCAGAUGCGGGAAGUGGAGCUGGGCUGGGGGAAGGUGUUGCUGGUGAAGGACAAUGGGGAGUUCCACGCCCUGGGCCAUAAGUGUCCGCACUACGGCGCACCCCUGGUGAAAGGCGUUCUGUCCCGUGGUCGGGUGCGCUGCCCCUGGCACGGCGCCUGCUUCAACAUCAGCACUGGGGACCUGGAGGACUUCCCCGGCCUGGACAGUCUACACAAGUUCCAGGUGAAGAUUGAGAAGGAGAAGGUGUACGUCCGGGCCAGCAAGCAGGCCCUACAGCUGCAGCGAAGGACCAAGGUGAUGGCCAAGUGUAUCUCUCCAAGUGCUGGGUACAGCAGUAGCACCAAUGUGCUCAUUGUGGGUGCAGGUGCAGCUGGCCUGGUGUGUGCAGAGACACUGCGGCAGGAGGGCUUCUCCGACCGGAUCGUCCUGUGCACGCUAGACCGGCACCUUCCCUACGACCGUCCCAAGCUCAGCAAGUCCCUGGACACACAGCCUGAGCAGCUGGCCCUGAGGCCCAAGGAGUUUUUCCGAGCCUAUGGCAUCGAGGUGCUCACCGAGGCUCAGGUGGUCACAGUGGACGUGAGAAAUAAGAAGGUCGUGUUCAAGGAUGGCUUCAAGCUGGAGUACAGCAAGCUGCUGCUGGCACCAGGGAGCAGCCCCAAGACUCUGAGCUGCAAAGGCAAAGAAGUGGAGAAUGUGCUCACCAUCCGGACGCCAGAGGAUGCCAAUCGCGUGGUGAGGCUGGCCCGAGGCCGCAAUGUGGUCGUCGUGGGAGCCGGCUUCCUGGGGAUGGAGGUGGCCGCUUACCUGACGGAGAAGGCCCACUCUGUGUCUGUGGUGGAGCUGGAGGAGACGCCCUUCAGGAGGUUCCUGGGGGAGCGCGUGGGUCGUGCCCUCAUGAAGAUGUUUGAGAACAACCGGGUGAAGUUCUACAUGCAGACGGAGGUGUCUGAGCUGCGGGGCCAGGAGGGAAAGCUGAAGGAGGUUGUGCUGAAGAGCAGCAAGGUCGUGCGGGCUGACGUCUGUGUGGUGGGCAUUGGUGCAGUGCCCGCCACAGGCUUCCUGAGGCAAAGCGGCAUCGGUUUGGAUUCCCGAGGCUUCAUCCCUGUCAACAAGAUGAUGCAGACCAAUGUCCCAGGCGUGUUUGCAGCUGGCGACGCUGUCACCUUCCCCCUUGCCUGGAGGAACAACCGGAAAGUGAACAUUCCACAUUGGCAGAUGGCUCAUGCUCAGGGGCGCGUGGCAGCCCAGAACAUGUUGGCGCAGGAGGCGGAGAUGAGCACUGUGCCCUACCUCUGGACCGCCAUGUUUGGCAAGAGCCUGCGCUACGCGGGCUACGGAGAAGGCUUCGACGACGUCAUCAUCCAGGGGGAUCUGGAGGAGCUGAAGUUUGUGGCUUUUUACACUAAAGGCGACGAGGUGAUCGCCGUGGCCAGCAUGAACUACGAUCCCAUUGUGUCCAAGGUCGCUGAGGUGCUGGCCUCAGGCCGUGCCAUCCGGAAGCGGGAGGUGGAGACUGGCGACAUGUCCUGGCUUACGGGGAAAGGAUCCUGAGCUCACAUGCAGUAGACUUGGGCAGGCAAAGGGGGCACCAAGGGCAUAGGCCAAGCCUUGGGGGCAGGUGCCAAUCUCCAGUCCCAGGAUCCCCCAGGGCAGAACCUGAGCCCUCCCAGUGCUUGCCUUCAGCCACCUGGCUCCCGUCCUGGGAAGCCUCUGCUGGAUCCAGAAGAUGCUCAACCCUCAAGGCCUCUGCUGCCACUGACAGCUGGCACUGGAGGCAGGACAAGCCCUGCCUCUUCUCCCUCUAUUGGGACUGGUCCCCUGAAGAACCCUGCAACAUGUUAGACAUUACCGUAAAAUUAAAACGCACAAAUUUGCA